UCGUCAACCACCUUCCCGAGGAGGCAGCGAGUUCGACUCGUGUCGUGUUACGGGCCGCACACGGGCCGCCGUUCGUCGAUCGUUGCUCUCGUAGACGACUAUUUUCGUUGAGACCGGGACCAGCGACGAGGGCGCGCACAGUUUUCACUCUCGCUCCGUCGUCUGACGUUUCACUCGUCGAGUCGUCUCGCGACGCGAACGUACGAAUAUAACUGCGAAUAUAACUGCGAAUAUAGCCGCGAAUCAUUCAUUCGGGACUUAAAAAUCUCGAGUCGACACAGUGCCGAGAAGUACCUAUAUGUGAUUCGUCUCUCGAAGGGGUUGCGAAGGAGAGAGCGAAGAGGAGAAACGAAUUAGGGACCGUUGGUCGACGGGGGUGGAGGAUGAUCCGAGUGAGAAAGCAAACUUGAAGACUCUAUCCGAGGGAAACGAUAUAAACCCCGAUGCCCCGCUGCUGAAACCUGUGAUUUAUACGCCGCGAUUUCAAGUUUCGUUCGUGAUCCGCGGGAAAAAGAGAAGAAGAGAGAGUGUGGCGUAGGUGUACGCGCGUGUUGUGUGUGUGAACGUGUAUAUUUUCCACUAUGACCAGUCACGAGUGAGGCUCCGAUACCCGACAUCCAUUCUCGCGGAAUCACACGAACACGUGCGAUUCCGGAAAGAUGAUACGCGACUACCUGAUACUGCUCUCGUGGCUGUGCGCGGUGCAAGGGAAGAUAGGAUAUUUCUGGCAUAUCACCGACAUUCAUUACGACCCAAAGUAUGCUACGCAAGGAAACGCCGGCAGCAUGUGCUGGAACACGAGAAACAGUCUCGACAGCAGGAUAAGAGUCGACAGAAAAAUGGCAGGCAAGUUUGGCGACUACAGCUGCGAUUCGCCCUGGGCCCUCAUCGAAUCGGCGGCGCGGGCGAUGAAAUCGAUGCACGGCGAAGGGAUCGAGUUUGUCCUGUGGACGGGCGACGCACUGACACGCUCCACCAGCAUGAGCGUCGAGCUGCGUCUACUGUGUCUGCGGAAUUUGACCGAUCUGUUGCACCGCACGUUCAAAGGACAAUUCGUGUUCCCCGCUCUCGGCCACGAAGACGUCGGCGUGAAUUACACUCAGCUGGCGACUCUAUGGCAGCACUGGUUACCACCAGAGGCUGUGGACACGUUCGUAAAGGCCGGCUACUACACGAUCGAGCAGCGCUCGAAAAAAUAUCGGAUCGUCUUCCUUAAUACGAAUUUGUGGCUGAGCCCGGUCGACAGCCGUAUGCUGCAUCGUGUCGGAAGUAGCACGGUCGAUAACACGCAGGAUCCCUUCGGCCAAUGGUUCUGGUUCCAGUCGGUGCUAGAGAAUGCACGGAAGAAGAAGGAAACGGUGUACAUAGUCGGCCACACGCCACCGGGAGUGGACGACCAUGAAAACGGCGCCCCGACCCUUAAUGAGAGGCACAACACCAAGUAUCUUCAGACAGUGCGACUCUAUUCGGACAUCAUUCGGGGACAGUUUUUCGGUCAUUGGCACUCGGAUACGUUUCGUGUAAUUUACAGCGACACAGGUCUGCCCGUAUCCUGGAUAAUGAUGGCUCCCAGUGUAACUCCAAACACCCUUGUCGGAGGACCCAACAACCCGGGUUUGCGAUUGUACAAGUUCGAAACUAACACCGGAGAGAUUCUGGAUUACACGCAGUACUAUCUUAAGCUGCCCGAGGCAAAUUCAAACGGCAAAGCAAACUGGUUGAUCGAGUACUCGCUGCUCGAGUAUUAUAACCUGCGAGAGAUAUCGGCCAUCACUCUUCACGAUCUGGCGGACCGAUUUACGCAAUCCAACGAUAACGCUUUCGUUAGGUAUUACGCCGCCAACACGGUCUCGUUGCCGCGCGAGGUGGAGCAAGUCUGGGGCUGCGGUGGUCCUCUCAACGGAGUCUGUGCGCUGCAUCAUUACUGCACCGUGACCAGGCUCAAUCCCGAGUCCUACAGGGAAUGCUAUUCGUCCUACGCUUACGCACUGGCGUCCACGGCACCAUCCACCAUGCGUCCCUACUUCGCGUUGCAUCUGCUGUCAAUGGUGAUCUGCGCCGAGGUCCUGAACGACCGGUAGGAUGAGCGAGACGAGAGAAUCCCGGGGGCUCCGCCCCGCGCGUCGGCUCUCCCACGGCCGUCUCCGCGUCUACUCUCCCCGGCGGAAUCCGGUCGGGAUACGUCAUCGAUCGGCCGGUCGGAUCGGAUCGGAUCGGAUCGGUCUAGGAGGUGGCCCUGGCCACCCGAGUUAACGCGGCGAACGCGUCACUAGCGAUACCGGCGCCAACGUCGCCCGAUGUGUCAUCUACUUUGUCUAUAUCUCUGUCGUGUCUCCGUCUUCUCCUUGUCGCGCCUUGUCGAGAUUGUUCAGGCGCGCUUUCGUUCCGUCGUCUUUUGGUGUUGCAUACGUUAGGUUUGUCGGCUUGUACGCGACGAACCGAUUUCGAGACUUCGACAUUGUGAAAUCCGCGAGGAUUCCGGAUAUACAAGUACUCGGAUAUAUCCGGAAUGUUUAGACGCGCGCCGCCGUAAUAAAUUAAUUCGGAGAUCCAAAUAUUCGUGUAAUUCGCGUAAUGUAUCAUUAUUCCAGGUAUAUAAUUCCAGUUGUUUCUAUAUAUACAUCAUUCGCUCGGAUAAUUUGGAUAUAAUUCGUGUACAUUAGUAUAAUAAAUGUAAAAAAUCCGAAUACGCGGUAAGAUCGCUUUCAUCAUACAAAUGCAUAGAAUAGCAUUUUCCAAUUAAAGUUUCAUACUAAAUGUUUUGAAAAAUAUGUUGAUAACACAGGGGUACUUUGAGGAAUUUGUAGCCGAUGUUUUUACAAUUAUAAUCUAUUUGGGUAUGUAUAAAGCGAUAGUUUUUGAAUUAUAUAUAAAGAUAAA